AUGGAGAUGGAGCAACCCAUGUUUAUGAUGACUGCCUCAAUUGGUACAAGUGAUAACAUAAUCAAUGGUAGAGGCAACAGAGAAGAGGGCAGCAAAAGCAGAAGCUCAUCAAUCCCAAUUAGUGAACUUGAAGCACCAGAUGAGCAGGGACACCCCUUCGAAACACUAAAGAUUAAUGACAUUCCCUGUAGGAGCAACACCACAGAAAACAAGCUGUCUUGGUUGCACUCUCAGGUCAUCGGCACCAACCGCACAUUUAUUUCCCCAUUCGGGGAGCGUCGAAUCACCUAUGCCGAUCAUACUUCCACUGGUCGGAGCCUCCGCUACAUUGAAAAUUUCAUUCUUAAUAAUGUUCUUCCCUUCUACGGGAAUACCCACACAUCCGACAGCCACGUUGGGCAACGGACUACAAGAAUGGUGAAUGAAGCAAGCACGUACAUUAAGAGUUGCUUGGGCGGAAGAGCAGAGGAUGCCAUCAUGUUUUGUGGGUCAGGCACCACGGCCGCAAUAAAGCGGCUUCAAGAGGUCAUGGGCAUUGUCGUGCCGUCAACUCUAAGAGAGAGAGUACUAAAAAGCCUAAGCAAUGAGGAGAGGUGGGUGGUUUUCGUUGGGCCUUACGAGCACCACUCCAACAUCCUCUCAUGGCGCCAAAGCCUAGCAGAGGUUGUGGAGAUUGGUCUAGAUGACAAUGGCUUGUUAGAUGUGGAAGCUUUGAGAAUGCAGCUACAGUACUAUCAGGCUACAAACCGGCCCAUGUUGGGUUCUUUCUCGGCCUGUAGUAAUGUCACUGGACUUUUCACUGACGCUAGGGCUCUCGCCCAACUUCUUCACCAAUUUGGAGCAUUUGCAUGCUUUGACUUUGCAGCUAGCGGUCCUUACGUGGAAAUUAACAUGCAAUCAGGGGAAACUGAUGGCUAUGAUGCUAUUUUCCUUAGUCCGCAUAAAUUUUUAGGAGGCCCUGGGUCACCUGGUGUCCUAUUAAUGAGCAAAGUUCUGUAUCAACUAAGAUCUUCUCCUCCAUCUACUUGUGGGGGUGGAACUGUUGAAUUUGCCAAUUGCUACAGUGAAAAGGAUACUCUUUAUUAUGAGGAUGUAGAAGAAAGGGAAAAUGCAGGAACGCCGCCACUUAUCCAAACCAUUAGAGCAGCAUUGGCAUUUUGGGUAAAGGAGUACAUAGGCUAUGAAGUUAUUGAAACAAUAGAGCACAAGUACAUACAAAAAGCACUUCAAAGGCUUUUCCCCAAUCCUAAUAUACUGGUUUUAGGAAAUACAAACGUGAAGCGACAAGCUAUUUUGUCGUUUCUCAUCUACUCAACUACACAUUCAUCCUCAUGUGAUACAAAAACAUGUGAGCUUGAUAAUGAAGAUGGAGAAGGAAGAGAUGGAGCACUUUACAUGUUAGGUCAUUCAGGUAGUAAAAAGGGUAAGCCUCUUCCAGCACCAUUUGUUGCAAAGCUACUUAAUGACUUGUUUGGCAUCCAAGCUCGAGGUGGGUGCUCUUGUGCUGGGCCUUAUGGUCAUAGAUUGCUUAACAUAGAUGAGGCUUGCUCCCUCGCCUUUCGAUGUGCUAUUCAAAAGGGUUUUUGUGGAAUAAGGCCUGGAUGGGCAAGAAUUAGCUUCCCUUACUACAUGACUGAAGAUGAGUUUGAGUUCAUUCUAACAGCUUUGGAGUUUGUAUCUAUCUAUGGCCAAAGGUUCCUCCCUUUGUAUCACUUCAACUGGAAAACUGGAAACUGGACAAUCCAGAAAAAGGCUUUGAAGGAAACACUAGUAGUUAAUGAGAAUACCCAAAAUUUGUGUGACUCGCCUUUGACCAGUGCUUUGGGAGCCCUAAAGUUGGACCUUGACAAAUCUAGAGAGCAGAAUGAAGAUCAGUAUAAAGAGGUUCAAACGAUUCAUAAGUUUGCAACAUAUUUGGAUACUGCAACUUACAUUGCGAGUCAUCUCCCUAAAUUCCCCCGCCAACGAAGGAUUCCAUAUGACAUACAACCUAAGUUCCUGCACUUUAGAGUCUAGUUCUCUACUGCAUUAUUUAUAUCUUUAUGAAUUCCUUCCUCAAAUAAUGUUUUAUCUUAUUCAACCUAAUAUUUCUUCUUUAAGACAACACCUAGCUUGUAUGCAAAGCCCUAACACAAUGUUAAGAGUCAAGAAAAAACAUGAUGUAUGCAACCUUAUUUCUAUAUUUAAAUAAGUUAUUUUUGUGAUGUAAA